CGGCCCUCGGACAGGGCCAUGGAGAAGCUGCGGCGGGUGCUUAGCGGCCAGGACGACGAGGAGCAGGGCCUCACCACGCAGGUCCUGGAUGCCUCGACCCUCAGCUUCAGCACCAGACUGAGGUGGUUCGCCAUCUGCUUCGUGGGCGGUAUCAUCUGUUCCAUCCUGGGCACUGGGCUGCUCUGGUUGCCCCGCCAUGGCAUUCAGCUUUUCGCCGUGUUCUAUACCCUUGGGAAUAUUGCUGCGCUGGCCAGUACGUGCUUUUUAAUGGGACCACUGAAGCAACUGAAGAAAAUGUUUGAAACCACGAGAUUGCUGGCAACGAUUCUUGUACUUUUAUGCUUCAUCUUCACGCUGUGUGCUGCAUUCUGGUGGCACAAGAAGGGGCUGGCCCUGCUGUUUUGCAUACUGCAGUUCCUGUCUAUGACCUGGUACAGCUUAUCGUACAUCCCAUAUGCAAGGGAUGCAGUCAUUAAAUGCUGUUCGUCUCUGCUAACUUGA